GAACCAGGGGCCACGAGUGGAAGCUGAAGAAAGGCAUAUUCAUAACUGAGGGGAGAAGGAGCUUUUUCACAGAAAGGGUGGUGAACCAUUGGAACAGGCUGCCAGACAGAGUUGUUGAAGCAGAGACUAUCGGAUCCUUCAAGAAUAGACUGGAUGCUGUCAUGAACAGCACUGUAUAACCCUCGUCAAUCAAAACAGUUUAAUUUUGGAGCAGAGAAGAAUCCAAAGAUACAGUCCGAAACGUAAUCGCAGGCAAGCUGCAAGCAAGAUCAUAAAACAAGCAAGAUCAUAAAAUAAGUAAAAGCUUUAAGUUGACAACCUGCAGGACCCCUAUCAAUGGAAAAUACAUUCAGUGCGCUUCAGUGAGGAUUUGAGAAGGGUCCCCACAUACAGUUCUGCAGAGUUAAUAUACAGGAUAGGCUAGCCCCCUCCCUCCACCAGCCCAAGCCGACACCUUGUCUGUGAGAACCGUUUUUUGUCGGGUUUGAUUGUGUUUUUAACACCUAUGCCCAAAUCUGCUCUAUAUAGUGGAAAUAGCACCUUGAAAACCAGGAUCUUCCACCCGAGUUCAAAGGGCUCUUUGAACUUCAAAGUACCCAGAUCUAAUCCUGUUUCCCAGACACACAGGACCCUUUGGCUGUGUGCAAAGCUUAUGCAGGGAGAGAGCCUUUAAUGAUUACAAUGUUUUAUAUAAAACUUUAAAAUCUUACAGUGACUGUAAUAAGACCAUUAGCUAGUCACCUGGAGGAAGGGUGGUCUGUUUAGCCACGGAUUCCCAGAGGUUUCAUUUCCCCUACUAACCUGGUACGGGGUUUCUGUUUUCCUCUCUUGAGUGCUAACGCACCACGCUAGCACUAAAGCGAGCAAGGAUAGGCUGGCCUUUUCUCAUUCUUGAAAGAUUUAACACACUUUUGAUCAUGGUAGAUUUAAAAAAAUCAACACUGAAUAUAAUUUUAACUCUGCUAACAGGGUAGUAAAUAGUUAAAACUGAUCAAAUUGUUAAUCGGUGACUGUCCAGAUAACCUGGAGUUUCAUUUCAGAAAUACUGUAGGCUUUGUAGCCAUAUAGCUGCGUUGUACUUAUAGGCAACACAGGGCAUUGCGGAAGUGUAUGUAACCUUGGCAACAAAUCAGGUCGGUAAAGGUUUAAAAAUGCUUUUAGCAAACUUCAACCCAUUUCACUGAUAUGAUCGAUUCUAAGUAAAGAAUCUUAACUAAGGAAGACGGGAUAUACCCUUCCUUCACUGAUAAACAAGUCACUGCGUAUUAUAUAAUUAUUAACAAAUAUAGAAACACAUUUGUUAACAGGUUAUUAAUCUAAUAAUUAAUGGUAAAUAAACAUUAAAUAGUACCCAUUAAAAUGAAAGUGUUUCCAAUUUUUCUUGUUUCAAUAUUUGUUUCUCUUGUUUUAAAAAUUUCAAAUCGUAUUAGUGGUUUGGCAUUGAAACUGCUAAAGGCAUUAUACAAUUCAAAUUUCAUAGAGCGGGAACACUUUGAAUUUGUAAUAUUUCUCUUUUGUCUUGUUUACUUCACACAUGGACUGUAGGUCAAUGUGUUUCUCUUUUACUGCUCACGUUUCUGAACAAUGUCUCGUUUUAACUUGUUUCAAUUUUCUAACAGCAAUUAAGGGAGAACAUUUUUUAGAUAGAAAUCUGAUUUAAAUGAGAAGGAAACAAGAUUCUCAAACAUUACUCAGAGAAGGGAAAGUAACAUAGAUGAGAAGCUGACUUUCUUUCUGAGAAAUGCAAUAGGACUUGCAAAAACAACAUGUGGUUUCAUUUUACCAAUGAAACCUAUUUAAUCAUUUUAGGACGCAUAGAUUGUGUGUGUUGAUAUGCUGUGCUGUAUGUUGACUAGCAGAUUAAUAGUUCGUUAUUUUGUUGAGAUUCAAAUACAUACAUAAGGACAGUCUUAAAUGCUUUCGUUUUUGGGGUUUUUUUGCAAUAUGUCCCUGUACACUUAUCACAAGCUGUCACUUUACAACUUUACCCAGCAUUCUUAGCUCAAGAACCUGCUACACCAAAGAAAAGCAAACGUAUGCCACCCAACCCUUAACAUCUCAGACACAAUCAAAAUGAGGCUGGGUUUUCUAAACACGAGCCUGUAUUGUUUAAAACAAAAAAACAUGUUAUCUAGUGACCUCUUCAGGAAGAAAGCAUUCUGUAUCUGUCAUGUGAAUAGCACAUUGAAUAGCAAAACAUCUAAGACCAAAUCUAUAAGAACCCUUCUCCCGUGCAAAAAAACAAACAAAAAUAAAACAACCUACUAAAUCUAUUUAGAAAUAAACAGGGUGUAUACUUGUAACCUUUGCUGAGUUAUGGGAAUGCUUUCUUUUCACUUUCUUUUAAGGAUAAUGGCCAGUCACUAGUUUCUAAGGUGCAUCAAGUUAUUCUGGCAUAGUUGUGUGCUGGCAAGUUCCCACAAUUUUAAUGUGAUGUGAUCAGCAAGGUGAGAUGCCAGACUGUGUUUCAGCUACAGAGGCUGCAGCUGUUCCUAACCGUUCCUGGAAAGGUCUGCAGUAUGGAUACUUUGCCCUGCUAUUAAAUGACUGCAUGAUCGUACACAGAGCAGGGUUCUGUCAGGAGUUCCAUAGAAGCAGACUACAGUAUAUAGCAUUACCCACACUUUUAUUAACCAGGAAAAGGGUGCAUUAGUUUGACACUUCUGUUUACAUGUUUUUUUAACUUUCAAGAACACAAGUAAAAGAUUAAUUUCAUGUGUUUCAAUACAUGAUAACUACAUAUUCGCAUUACCUGCCUAACAUUAUAGCUUGGAAGGCAAAUGGGACAGUGCAAUUAUUUACCAGGUACAGUAUCCAUUCUGCAAAUGACAAGGUGCAGGAAUCUGUCCCUAUUCUAUUUUCUGACAGCCGCAGCUCAUCACAGUGCGUGCAACGUUUCCAAUUUCUCAAAGGGGCCCUAUGCGAUGUGAUAUCCCGUCUCUCAUUCCAAACUGCCAAAGCAUUUUACUCACCUGAGAGUCUGGCCAGCACUGUGCAACCUGAACUCAGUUGGUAACACAGUUACAUACUUUUUCUCCAGUGGAAAGUAGGUAUUUAAUUGGCAAUGCUGCUCUUAUGAGACCCGUGGUAUGAUAUAAGGCUCUGCAUUUAGUACUCGAUUACAUUUCUUCUCUUUAUUUUCUGAUGAUGUCAGCAAGAAUGAAGAACCGCGUUUUCGGCUACCUGUUGCAGUGCCUGAGCAUUUCUGUGCUGUUUCAAGUUGCAGAUUCAGCACAAGGGAAAUAUGCACAGAUGCUGUUUCACGAUUUACUCCAGGACUACUCAAAUGCUUUGAGGCCAGUGGAGGACACAGACAAGGCCUUAAAUGUCACCCUGCAAAUCACCCUCUCCCAGAUUAAAGACAUGGAUGAAAGGAAUCAGAUCCUGACCGCAUACCUAUGGAUCAGGCAGACCUGGUAUGAUGCUUAUCUCAAAUGGGACAAGGAUGAUUAUGAUGGCCUUGACAGUAUCCGGAUCCCCAGCAAUCUGGUAUGGAGACCUGACAUUGUCCUGUACAAUAAGGCAGAUGAUGAGUACUCGGGACCAGUGGACACCAAUGUUGUUUUGAGGUACGAUGGUCAAAUAACUUGGGAUUCCCCAGCGAUAACAAAGAGCUCCUGUGUUGUAGACGUAUCCUACUUCCCGUUUGACAACCAGCAGUGCAACCUUACCUUUGGCUCCUGGACCUACAACGGCAAUCAGAUCGAUAUCGACAUGGGAAUGGACAGCGGGGAUCUGUCGGACUUCGUGGAGAACGUGGAGUGGGAAUGCCACGGCAUGCCAGCAGCUAAGAACGUCAUCACAUACGGCUGCUGUUCAGACCCUUACCCGGACAUCACUUACACAUUGCUUCUCAAGCGGAGGUCGUCAUUUUACAUUUUCAACCUCCUGAUUCCCUGUGUGAUGAUAUCUUUCCUGGCCCCUCUGGGAUUUUACCUGCCUGCAGACUCGGGAGAGAAGGUUUCUCUGGGAGUGACCGUCCUCCUCGCCCUCACUGUGUUUCAGCUGAUGGUUGCUGAGAGCAUGCCACCUUCUGAGAGUGUACCCUUAAUAGGUAAAUAUUACAUAGCAACAAUGACAAUGAUUACAGCGUCCACUGCACUGACCAUUUUUAUCAUGAAUAUCCACCACUGUGGAGCAGAAGCAAAACCAGUACCGGAUUGGGCAAAAGUAUUCAUACUUGACUACAUGUCCAAAAUAUUUUUUGUCUACGAAGUGGGUGAGAACUGCACAACAUCUCAGAAGGAAAAAGAGAAAGAGGUCAAGCUACAGAUGAACGAAAAUGUCAAUGCAAAAGUACAAGGUGAAGCAUCCACGUGUCACAACAAGUACAAUGUAUCUGCUGUGGACAAAACCAAUGGCCACCCAAACGGGGAUCUGAAAGAGGAACGUUCCCCUGAGAACAUUAACCUGUACAUGUGCACCUGUGCCCAUCACGAUAAAAUUACAAAGAAUAUUGAAUACAUCGCCAACUGCUUUAGGGAGCAGAAAGCAACUUGCGCAAAAGGAGCCGAGUGGAAGAAAGUGGCCAAAGUUAUGGACAGAUUCUUCAUGUGGGUUUUCUUCAUCAUGGUGUUCCUCAUGAGCAUCUCCAUCAUACGAUAAGGCAGCCUGAUUGCAGAGAAGGUACUGCCACAUGCACGCCACUAGUGCAGCCCUGGGACAGUGCUUGUACACAUGGAAGUCAUUAACCCAUACGGUUUACACAUUGUUAUGUUUCAAUACGAAUAAUCCAACACGCAACCAUUGAGAAAAGUCUAUUUUAAUGAUCUAAACUGCCGCCCCCUUUAACUCCAUAUGAAUCCUGUUGGGAGUUAACUUUACUUCAGAUAGUGAAAAUACAGGGAGAUGUUCUGUGAAAAAUAAGGCUUAUACAUUUUAGGGCAGCAUUCAGUUCAUAAAAAAACACUCCCUUUAUUACACCCUGUUCUUGAACAGUAUCUCUUUUCUGAAUAACAUUGAAAUGUUUGGGCCAAACAGGGAAGUAGUGCUGGUACUUUAUAAAAUAUAUAUACUGUACAUUAUUACAAUAUACAGGUACAGUCAGUACUCGAUUAUCCAACCACUCCCAUCACAGGUUACAAUAUAGUCAGCACUCGAUUAUCCAACCACUCCCAUCACAGGUUACAAGAUAGUCAGCACUCGAUUAUCCAACCACUCCCAUCACAGGUUCCCCUAAUGGAUAAACGAGAGUUUCAAAAUGAUCCAGUGAAUUUUUAAUGCGCAGCUUUGUUUACUCAGGGUUGCAGCUGUAAGUCAAUCCUCAUUCGCUGGAAAUUCACAUAAAUAAUACAUCUGAAUAUGAUCCAUGGGUAGUAUGGCAUAUACAGUAAGACAUGUUUAUCUCAUAUACUGUAUCUGUGCUUCACAAUAGAUAAUCUUGAAGCUGGAUGGCAAACAGUUUGGAGGAACAUUUUGGUAAUCUUCUAACACACGGUAUUCAGUUUCCUUUGGGCUUGAAUAAUAAUAUGCACUUGGUAAACUGGACCCAAGAUAAACAGGGUGAUUUGUUACCAUUAGGUCUUUGCAGAAUCUUAUCUUAAGGUCAUAUUUAUUCAUCUAUUGUCAGGAAUAAAUUAAAAAUUGUACGGAAUAAAACAGAAAUAAUGUAUGCAAAGUACAGUACAUUGUAUUACCUGCUCGAGUUUAUUUUUAAAUGUAUAAUACCUAUACUGGUUGGGUCAUACGCAUAAAAACACACAUACAUGCAAACACUCAUUAUCUUUCAUGAGACCGAACAGGCCGAACAGAACUGGACAAUCUGAUUUGGCUACUGUUCCACCUUCCUGCCGUGGAAUGUGUUGUGCUUGUUCGGUCUGCUCGAGGAGCAGUUCCACACAGUGAAACAAUGGUGGAGCCCCACAGGUACAGCUAUGGCCAAAAGUUUUGCAUCACCUAGAAUUUUAGGAUUGAGACCUAAUUAAAAAAACAAACAAACAUCUUUAUGAACAUAAUUUAGAUAUUUUAUUUAACAUCUUAUAAUCAAAGAAACUAAAAAAUGAUAUCGCAAAAGUCUACCGUAUCAGAAACCAUUUCAGUUUUUCGUUAUGUAUAUUAGUCCAGCAGAUAUGUGUUAGAAUUGUGAAUUUGAUGAUAAAAGCAUGACAAUAGGCACACAGUUUGACGCUGACUUAACAAACCUUUUUGGCUAUAGGGCCAUCGCAGAUUUGUCCUAUGAUGGCCAUGGUAGCCAUUUUACAAAAGGGCCAUUAUCGGUUAUGACUGCUGCUAUCAUUGAAGGGGAUUCCCAGGUCUUCUAUGACACCAGUUAGUGAUUUGAUAUCUCUGACAGAUGCCAUCGUCUGCUCAUGAUGACGAAAAUCUGUCUUCUUCCGUCUCUUCUCCAUUGAUGCCUUAAACUCCCCAAUCAGACUGACCAUCUCAGACUCAGACACCACCCAGUGCCGAAGAGCUGAGGGUCCUCCUUCAGGCCUACAGCUCCGCUGUCACCUUUCACAGAGGUAUUAUUCUGCGUGCGGGGCCUGGUCAACUGCAAUACCAGAGAAUGCACAUGCUGUCUUCCUAACUGUAAAGUUUCCUUUGAGAAACUCUGAACAGCUCUGUCCGUGACAUCAUAUUCUGUCCUUCUUCCAGGCUGCUGCUGUAUUGGGUAUAAGCCUUCAGCAGUAGAUACAGAUGACCUGAUGAGCAUGGUGGGUACGUGUCACAUGGGACAUUUUCAGAAAUUGGGGGCUCCUGAGCAGCGCAUCCGGUAAAGGCACUCUGCCCGGAUGCGCCCUAUAGCUUGGAGAUUGCUGGUUCGAAUCCAAGCUAUGCCACUGCCGACCGUGGACUCCCCAGGACUCCCCAGCCAACCUAACCCCUACCCUGCCAGGGGCAGCGCUUGGUCAAUUGUGCGCCACCCCCGGCAGGGUAGGGGUUAGGUUGGCUGGCGAGUCCUUGGCUCACUGCGAACCAACAACCCCUAUGGCUGCCCAGGCACCUGCAGGCCUGCCUGUAUGCAAUUCAGAACUGCAUGGUCCUCCGACGCUAUAAGUUCUGGGAUGGCUGCACGGCAGACUUGCAGAGUGAAAAAAAGCAGAUGGCUAACGGCACUCAUUUUGGAGGACGUGAGUGCUCGUCUUCAUCUCUCCAGAGUCAGUUCGGGGGUUGCAGUGGUGAGCCAGGUUGAAUAAUAAUUGGACAUUCCAAAAUUGGGAGAAAAUUGGGAAUGAAUGAAAAAUAAUUCUUAAAAAAAAAAAGAGUCUGCUGUUUCAGGUGCGGCAACACCGGCCUGCACUAGUGCACCUGUCCACCCGCUGCCCUCAAAAAGCUCUCCCAGGGUUUUUAGAGCUGCCAUCUCGAUGUGUAGCCCACCUGUGGAAGGAUGUGGGUAUUCACUGACACGGGGAGACAGAAGGGUGUACUUGAAACACAGCACAGGUGCCCAGUUUUAUUUAUUUAUUUAUUUAUUUAUUUAUUUAUUAUUUUCAAGUGCGUGUUUUAGCCUGCAGAGGGUGCUGUUGUCCGUGGCCUGAAUACCAGCGAUGGUAGACAGGACCAUGGAAAUACCCACAGGUAAACAGUCCCGCUGACACACUCGCAGGUGCUCUCAAAUAAUAAUAAUAACAAAAGGUGAAAUCAAAAAAAUUAAAACAGUAAUCAAAACUACAAAGAAAAGGUGCUGCACUCAGCAGCGUUACCCCGACCGUCGCUACCCUCACGGCCCGGGUCCCCAUCCUACACUUCACCGCUCCCUCAGCCUGCUUGCUAUACAUUUAUGAGGUCUGACCAAGGUUUCCCUGCUAUCGUUAUUUUUAUUUUCUUUGGGUUCUUUUGUUUUUCUUUUCCCAGCCAUUCUCGGUUCUGGAACAAAGCUUCCGCUGGCUCAUUAGUUUGUCUUUCAGGGGCAGACCUGAGGGAACAGCCACUCAGAGAGAGAAAGCCCAGAAACCCUCUCUCAUGCAGCCCAAGAGAGAUCCCCUUGCAGCCUGGCCAUUCCCACCAGCACAAGUAUAUCUGCAAUGGCCCUAUAGCCAAAAAUCUUUAUUAGGGCCUGCCCUAACUGUGUACAAAAAAAUCAUGAUUUUAUCAUCAAAGUCACAAUUCCAUAUUUUUCACAUAUCUGCUGGGCUAUACGGAAAACUACAGAGCGGUAUGUAAUUCAAUAUGUUAACCUAACAUUAUUCAGCAGGUUUCAUUCGACUUUAUGAAACAAAACUUUACACCACAGCUCUACUGCUGAUUCUCUGUAUUUAAUGUGGAAAAACAACCUAGUUACUUUUAGUUAUAUAUUUUUUUUAAAAUGACGAUGGCUAAUGCAUAACAUUGAAAUUCAAACCUGAUGCUUUUCAUAUCAUCUUGCUAGAAAACAUCUUCACAGGAGGGAACAAGCAGGAUCUUGAGAGAAUAUUUCCUAACCAAACCAAACCAAAAAAAAAAAAAAAAGAAUCUCUGUUAAAUGUAAACUGUGCCUAUAACUAUUUGUAACUGUAAUUGUAACUGGUUUAUUUUUUCCAAAGUAAUGUUACUGUAAUCAAUUUUGUUCAAGUAACUGUAACAGAUUACUUUUUAAAAGUGAC